AUGCCUACGAACGCUGGGGUCCACCUGGGGGGCGUAGAUGAGAUCUACAUGGGUGGUGGUGGAUCUUUUAACCCCAACAUCAUCAACUACCUAAAGCAGCGCUUGCCCAAUACUCGCAUUGUCCCUAUCUCCGAGAUUGGAAUCCCUAUCGGCGCGAAAGAAGCUCUCGGCUUUGCACUACUAACGCUCGAGUGCUUCGUCGGACGACCCAUGAUUGUGCCCAAGAGGACCGAGUCGGACCAUCCAGGGGUGGUGGGCCAGAUCCAGCCGGGCAAGAACAUGCAUCGCAUCCGACAACAUGUUGCUAAGUCAUAG